AUGGCUAGAGGAAAUCAGCGUGAGUUGGCCAGACAAAAGAACCUGAAGAAGCAGCAGGAGCAGGCCAAGGGUCAGAAGAAGCAAGGGGAUCCAAAGAAACGGAUGGAGUCCGAUGCGGAGAUUUUGAGACAGAAACAGCAGGCUGCGAAUGAAAGAAAGGAAAAGGAAAGAAUGGAGAAGCUUCUUGCCGAGAAGAGAAGAUGA